AUCGGGAUUAAUCUGGAUUACAGCCACCACCCCUUGGUGAUAACUGUUGCCCUGUCUGUAGUCUCUGCGCUUUGCAGAAUGAGUUUAACUUGAGGAGAAUAUAAAUGGACCACAUACACCAUGCAAAUAAACUCACUGGGAAACAUUAAGGAACAGAGAUCUGUCUAGAAGUUCUGCUUGACCUUUGUGUGAGCUGGAAAGACGAAGUGAAAAAUGCAGGGAACUGUAGUUGGUUACAGCCUGCGCUACUGGCUGACCCUGAUCACGGGGUUGCUGGAGUGUCUGUUAUUUGCCGGCCUGGUGUUUGGCCAUGCCUCCCUGGUGUUUGUGCUGAAGAAAGAGGAAUACUUUGGUUGGCUGUGUGUCGACACUAACAGCACAACGGAUAGUAAAGACUGUAGUGGUCAGGAUGAGCAGUUCUCGCUGGUUUUUACUGUGGCCUCCUUCCUCAACAACUUCCUGACUCUAUUAAAUGGCUACAUAUUUGAUCACUGUGGCACACUGCUGACCAGACUGCUGGCAAUAGCCCUUUUUAGUGGCGGUACAUUGCUGGUGGCCCUCUCUAGCCCAGAAUUUUCAAAUCUGCUUUACCCCGCCCUGUCUCUCCUUGCUGUGGGUGGAGUCCUACUGCUCAUAACUAACAUGCAGGUGGGCAACCUGUUCCCUGCUCAUCGCUCCACCAUCAUCACCUUCUACAAUGGUGCCUUUGACUCCUCCUCUGCUGUGCUUCUCAUCGUUAAGAUUCUGUACGAACAGGGAAUCUCUCUCCGCUACUCUUUCAUUUUCCUGACCAUCUGCAGCAGCAUUCACGUGGCGAGAACUUUCCUGCUGAUGCCAAAAACCCACAUCCCCUACACUCUGCCUGAAAACUACACCUACGGGAUAAACUGUGGAAAGGGAAACACUGACACUGUGGAGGAGACUGAGAUAAAGGAAGGUCCGCCGACACAGGAGUCCCCUGAGACGGAGAACAUGUCGCUGGCACCCGAGGGUAGGACAGAGGCUCAAAACACAGAAAAAGUGCAGUCGUUCGGCAGCUGUGUCAAGUCUAGGUUCUUCAUAUUUCACCUGGUGUGGUUGUCCAUCAUGCAGCUGAGACACUACUUCUUCAUUGGCACGCUCAACUCCAUGCUGAACCGGCUGGCUGAUGGUGACUCCAACCUGGUGAGCCAGUACACCAAUGCGUUCGCAAUAACUCAGCUGUGUGGCAUCCUGUGUGCCCCCUGGAACGGACUCAUCAUGGACAGACACAAGAAGAAGCCUCUGGCUCCGGGAGAGACGGAGCAAGAGGCGGACCUGCGCUCCUCCUACCUGUCCCUGCUCCUGACUGCCCUGCAGUGCCUCCUCUUUUCUGUGUGCGCCUCCAUUGCUUUUCUCCCGCUGCAGUACUUCACCUUCAUCCUGCAGGUCCUCAAUCGCUCCUUCCUUUAUGGGGGGAAUGCAGCCUUCCUUAGCAUCGCUUUUCCAGCCUGUCACUUUGGGAAGCUGUAUGGCCUGGUGAUGGCUGUGUCCGCUGGAGUCUCUGUGCUGCAGUACCCCCUUGUCUCCGUGGUCAGAGAAUAUCCGUUUUAUGUGGACAUCAGUCUUAUUUUUCUCACUCUGCUGGCGUUCAUCCAUCCUACAAACGUCUUCACCCACUGCAGAAAACAAGGCCGCCUCAGGAAGGACCAUCCUGAGAAUCGAGCCAGACACUCGUCUCACCGUCUGUAGAGAGACGGUGAGACGAGUGUUUCAGCCUGUAGAAGGUUCAGGUUCUCUUUGUUCCUGCUCACUGAUUUAAACUAGAAACGCAAGCAUUUGCUUUAAUGUUUUGUUGAUCCUUAUUAAUUCACUUUUGUGAACUGUUUUUUGUAAUUAUCCAAUAAAAUUUUGUG